AAGAAUCUGCUGUCCGAGUCUGACAAAUGAAUCCAGUCCGAGUCUUCGCAAAGAUUUCCAAAACCCACCUCACAAAAUUAAAAAUCUUGUUAAAAGCGGAAGAUUAAUGAAUGAUUCGAUUAAAACUGGGAAACGAUGACGAAAAGAUGACCACACUUUGUUUCGACACACACUCAUAGUAUAAAUUCUCUGUAUUUAAUCGAAGACCCUUUCUCUCAAUAGAUAUAUACGCACAUAUACGUCACAAAGCAGAGUUGUUUCUCUCUCUAGUUUCAUCCCUGAUCUUGAUUUUGCGUGUGUUUACGGAUAAUUGAAGUAUGAGGGGAGGAGGUGGGAAAGAAGAGGCGGAAAUUGAUCGGCUUCCAAUUGAUCUUCUGGCUCAUAUAUUUUCGCUCAUCACUUGCUUCAAUGAUUUGGCCCAGGCAAGUGGCGUGUGCAGAAAAUGGAGGCAAGGAGUAAAGGAAUCGCUGGCGAGGAAGGAGAAACUGAGUUUUGCAGGCUGGGAAAUGGAUGAUGAAUCUGUUACUCGCCUUGUUCUUCAUGCUUAUGGCCUCAAGGAGCUCUGCAUACCAAGGAGCUGUUGGGGUUGCCAAAUAACAGAUCAUGGACUGGACCAAUUGUCCAAGGCAAAAUGUAUCAGCAACUUGGUCUCAAUUUCCCUGUGGGGUUUAACUGGAAUCACAGACAAAGGAGUUGGUCAACUGAUUUCAAGAGCUACUUCUCUGCAACACCUGAAUAUUGGUGGUACAUUUAUCACGGAUGCAUCUAUGUCCGUAAUUGCAGAUAGCUGCCCACAUCUGAAGACCAUUGUUUUGUGGGGCUGUCAUCACGUAACCGAGGACGGGCUUACUCUGCUGGUUAACAAAUGUCGGAAACUCGAGUCGAUCAACGCAUGGGGUAUGAGAGUUCCUCUGGACUGCUUCAUUGGUCUGCUUACAAUCAGCCCAGCCCUUAAAAUACUACCCAAAGAAAUGUUGUUAGGUGCUGAAUGAAAGGGUCUUUUAAGGAAUGCCAGUUGUUUGGACAGUAAUGCUAUAUGUGAAUAGAUUAUUUCUCUUCACAAAAUGUUAAUAGAACACAUUGUGUAAAGAUUGCUUGCUCUGUACUUAUCAAUUCAAUUAACUGGUGACAAUUCCUUCAUAUGUACACAUUAUUAUUCCUUAAAUUCAUCAAUGAAAAUUUUAAGCCAGCCGCGAAAUUUAUUGGUAACA